AUGGAUAAACACACACAAGAUGGCUGGUUUCCCAUUGAGGAAGAUACUGCUCCAUUGUCUCCUAAACGACCAAGGACAGAUUGCACAAUAACAAACAAACACAGUUGCAAAACCCAUUUCGAAUUCCCGGAACCGUUGAGUUUCCGGAACAACGACGGUAUCGCAUCACUGCAGAAUAGGCCUAUUUUUCAGGAGGACAAAACAUAUAGAGUUGAAUCUGACCAUGAAUAUCUCAAAUUCACAGUGACAGGAUUUUAUUGUGAAGAAAUGGGAAAAGAGGAGAGUACAGCUCUCAGAGAUAAUCAGACAAGCGCAGGGUCAUGUGUAAUCAGUCCUCACAGUACAGAGAGAGACUCUCAAGGUCUAUGUCAAGGGGUAGAUGAGCAACAUGAUCCACUUAGUGAAACAGGCACCUCUUCUUACAGCUUUCACUAUAGAAAUGAAGCAGGGUGUGCGUCAGCAAAGUCUCACACUUCUGAUGACACAACAACUGAUACAUCCUCAAGUUAUGAUUUCAAUCAGCCUGGGAAAUCACUCGAAUGCACUCUCACCGGUACUAGUCCCUCAGCAGAUGAAGAAGCAAUGACUGAACAAAAUGGUGACAGCCGCAUCCCAGUAACCGACCACAGCUCAAGUAUGAGUGACGGCACUGAAGAACCUGAUUACACCUGUGAAAGCCUGGCUCUGAAUUCAGCCAUUUACAGCAUGGGCUUCAUCAAAGGAUCUACUGAAGGUGAAAAUAAUCAUCAGAUUCAGAAUGAGGAUAAAUAUGGAUUCAAUCAAAGUAUCUGCAAUGAGAAAGAGGCCAGGCGUUACCCUUUACCCAGUGAUUACAGAGAGGACUGCGAGUCAUCUGGCUCUCGUGCUGAAAUGGACCCUUUUGGGAACUUUACAGGAGUGAAAAAACACGAGGGAAAUGAAGCCAGAUUGCAGAAUGAUGUGAGAGAAAAUGCAGAUGUCUGCAAUAGAGAAGCAAAAGCCCAAGUUAACAAGGAGGACUUCAUGCAUAAUGACAGCUCUGCCGCAGCUGAGACAGUAGUUGAAUAUGUAGAUGGCUCCGUUGUCACUUGUUAUACGGUAUUAGACAGUCAUGUACUGAGUGAUGGGGCUGAGAUCAAGAUGGUUCUUAAGCAUGAUGAUCUCCGUGAAGCAACGUGGGGGCACGCUGUUGGCACGGUGACAGCUGAAACUUUGUGUGAACUGGGUGUUGAUCACAGCACAACUCAGAAACUGUCGGUUUCAACAGGCCUCUGUCAAAAGCCAGCUGAUGUUAAUCGCAACAAGAUAGCAAGUGUAACCGAACAUGCAGUUUGCUGUGACAUCAACAGAGUGACUCUAGAAACUAUGUCUCCUCUCCACCCACCACAUCCAGAAUAUACGACGUCUCCUCUCUACCCAGCACAACCAGAAGAUACUACGUCUCCUCUCCACCCACCACAACCAGAAGAUACCACGUCUCCUCUCCACCCACAACCAAAAGAUACCACGUCUCCUCUCCACCCACAACCAAAAGAUACCACGUCUCCUCUCCACCCACAACCAGAAGAUACCACGUCUCCUCUACACCCACAACCAGAAGAUACCACGUCUCCUCUCCACCCACCACAACCAAAAGAUACCACGUCUCCUCUCCACCCACCACAACCAGAAGAUACUACGUCUCCUCUCCACCCACAACCAAAAGAUACCACAUCUCCUCUCCACCCACCACAACCAGAAGAUACUAUGUCUCCUCUCCACCCACAACCAGAAGAUACUACGUCUCCUCUCCACUCACCACAACCAGAAGAUACCACGUCUCCUCUACACCCACAACCAGAAGAUACCACGUCUCCUCUCCACCCACAACCAAAAGAUACUACGUCUCCUCUCCACCCACCACAACCAGAAGAUACUACGUCUCCUCUCCACCCACCACAACCAGAAGAUACCACGUCUCCUCUCCACCCACAACCAAAAGAUACCACGUCUCCUCUCCACCCACCACAACCAGAAGAUACCACGUCUCCUCUCCACCCACAACCAGAAGAUACUACGUCUCCUCUCCACUCACCACAACCAGAAGAUACCACGUCUCCUCUACACCCACAACCAGAAGAUACCACGUCUCCUCUCCACCCACCACAACCAGAAGAUACUAUGUCUCCUCUCCACCCACAACCAGAAGAUACCACAUCUCCUCUCCACACACCACAGCCAGAAGAUACCACGUCUCCUCUCCACCCACUACAACCAGAAGAUACCACGUCUCCUCUCCACCCAACACAACCAGAGAAUACCAGGUUUCCUCUCCACCCACCACAACAAGAAGAUUUCCUCCUGAGGACUGCUGAAUACGUCAGGAAUGCUACUUUGGAGCUCUCUUGUCAUUUUGAUGCUCAAAAUGGAACCCAACUCAAAGGUGAAUAUGAGGACACCUGUCAGUUAUCGGUGGAACAGUGCAGCUGCACAACAGAGGAACAUGACUCAAGCAGCCAGGGGAUCCAUCAUUGGGAGCCACUUCUCAGCAGCACUCCUGUCCAUGAAGAGAGUUAUGAUGCUGAAGAGGGAAGCAAAGUAAGUUCUGACACAGCAAAACACCUUUGUGAGGAAUGGGACCCAGCUGGCCAGGUUUCUACCAUUAAAGACUAUCUAAAGACACAUGAAACUGUUAGUUUGCCAUCUGAGUGUGCAGUUCUGAAUGGGAUAAUGGAGGAAAACGGUGACAGUGUUACAGAAACUGACCUGCAUGUCAAGUCAGUGAACAAGGAACUUGGAAUGAUAACUCGCUGUGACAUUCUAAGCACAGGGGUCAUAGGUGCAAUGACUGGUGAGUGGAUCAACAACUGGGCCGAAGGAGAACUCUGCAAAAUUGCAGACAUACCAAUACUCCACCUUCCUGUAGAAGCUACACCUGGAACUGUUCUCUUGCAGGCUGCCAAGGAGGGUCCAGCAGUUGAUCACACCGACGGAACCAAAGCACUACUCAAGAUUGAAAACAAUAAUGUGGUCCCUUUCACCUCAGUACCCAACGAUGCUGUCGUCCCAGGAUCAGAUUCUAACCCAGAGGAUGACACAGUACGGGACCGAGAGGAGGACCAAUCAGCCUCAGUCAUGCCAUCUGUGGCACACAUCCUCUCUGACUGUGUGCCAGUUGGGUUUGACACGUUUGAAAAGAUCCAGCUCUCUCCCCUUGACAGCAAUGGCCUGGAGCACAGCCCUCUCCUCAGCAGCUCGCCCAGUCAAACAUUUAAAACUGAGUUUCAACACCACGGUGCUGGUGGCACUAUGCACUCAGGAGUGAGUGAUGAAGAGGACAUAGCAGAGGAAGAAGAGGACCAGUGCCAAGAGGAAGCUGAGAGGGGCUUUUUCCACUGUGAAAACACCAGGUUUAAUGAAGUCCCUAUCCCCGACUUUAUCUCACCCCAAAUCUCUCCAUCAUUGAGUCCGGAAAUGCCUUGCCAGACUUCUACUCUUCUCUGUGGAACUUCUCAGUGUGAUUCUCCCCCUCAGGCAAAACUCCCCUAUCUCACCUCUGACAAAAACAUCCAUCCGGUCUCUGAAAGCCACGACUUCCCAGAGUUUGAAAUAAAGGAGAGGUUCGACAUGGUCAUGGAAGAGCUCAGUUUGUAUUUCGAGAUCAGUGACGAGGCAGGUUAUCAAUCAUCCGAAAGAGCAACGUCUGAACUGUGCAGCGUCAGGGAUCCUGGAGCUGAGAAGGACAACACUGAUUUAAUGACGUGAGUGUUUCUAUUGUUUUUAUUAUUGUUACUGUAUGAUUAACUCAUUUCCCCUUGGGGAUUAAAGGGAUAGUGAACUCCAGGAGACCAUUUUUAUGUCUCUGCAUCCAGUAUGAAGAAAGUUAGAGGUAGUUUCGCGAGCCAAUUCUAACUAGCGUUAGCGCAAUAACCGGAAGUCUUUGGGAUCAGCUAGCUUUGCGCUAAGCUAGCUAGCGUUGGCACGUUAAACGACCUCCAACUUCCUUCAUAUCUCGAACUAUCCCUUUAAUAAAGUAUUAUCGCUCUCAUCUACUAGAUGGAGCAGUAGUGACCGUCCAAGCAGCCAGGAUGCAGUGGAAGAGGAACCACGUGGAAGCACAUCAAUGAGAGAUGAUGACCACGGUCUGAAAACAUAUCAAGCAGAACCAGAAACUACAUGUACCACUGGGGGCCUUGACUGUGAGCAGGAGGUGCCUCUUGAAUGCAGCCAUCACGGCACAGAGGGAGAGGACUCCAUGUACUCUUCAGUCAAGCACAAAGGUUGGUGUGAUUUGACAUUUAACAAAAGGCCUUGGUCUGAAACUUCACUCUCUAGAUAAAUGUCUUGCAUAAAGACGUCUCCGAAAACAAGUUUAUUGAUGUAACCCUAGCAAGAAUGUUAACUGAGUACUUAUGAUUGUAAUUGUAAUUUUUAUUGCGUCAAUCAGACACCUAUCGGACGUUUUUUUUCUUCUUGUGUUGUCAAUUUGCAGACUAUCAAUACACGUUCCAAAAUGACAUACAACUAUGGCAAUAAAACACAGCCAUAUAUAUAUAUAUUUUUUUUUUUUGUGGGGACAGUGAAAGCUUAUCAAAACACGAACAGAGUAAUCCUGCCUUAACAUGACGGUAAUAUUAUUGGAUUGUGUCGACAGAUCACCCCAGGGGGCAAGGAGCAGACGAGAAAUGCAAGCUGUGGUCUCCUGCGUUCAUGUUUCUCCCAUGCAUGGACCAGUUAAACCAAAGUAGGUUACACAUCCCCACUCUGAGCUGAGUAUUUUGUUAAAAAUCAGCAGGUUGUAAAAUAUUUUAGUUGAAGUAAGGCGUUUCAGUAAUUUGAGUUAUUUAUUUACUCACUGAGGCCUUUUACUGCUCUUGGAGCAUGAUGCUAUUGACAGCAGCUCUCUAACAUACAGUACCAGUCAAAAGUUUGGACACACCUACUCAUUCAAAGAUUUUUCUUUAUUUUUACUAUUUUCUACAUUGUAGAAUAAUAGUGAAGAAAUCAAAACUAUGAAAUAACACAUAUGGAAUCAUGUAGUAACCAAAAAAGUGUUAAAUCAAAAUAUAUUUUAGAUUUUAGAUUCUUCAAAUAGCCACACUUUGCGUUGAUGACAGCUUUACACACUCUUGGCAUUCUCUCAACCAGCUUCAUGAGGUAGUCACCUGGAAUGCAUUUCAAUUAACAUGUGUGCCUUCUUAAAAGUUAAUUGUGGAAUUUCUUUCCUUCUUAAUGCAUUUGAGCCAAUCAGUUGUGUUGUGACAAGGUAGGGGGGUAUACAGAAGAUAGCCCUAUUUGGUAAAAGACCAAGUCCACACUUUUUUGGUUACUACAUGAUUCCAUGUGUGUUAUUUCAUAGUUGUGAUUUCUUCACUAUUAUUCUACAAUGUAGAAAAUAGUAAAAAUAAAGAAAAAUCUUUGAAUGAGUAGGUGUGUCCAAACUUUUGACUGGUAGUGUAUCUGGCCUGUUAAUUGGAGUUAGGCCUAGAUAUUGUACACUACACUGCAUGCAGCAGGUGGUAGCCUGUUCACACACAUAAGUACAGUACAGUAUAAGGUAUUUAUUCUUGUCUCCUUGCCUUCAGGAAAGCCUGAGCAGCCCAAGAGAUUGGAGCCUCUGAAAACAUGCACACGUCCCAUCAGGGUUGGACUCUCCAAGAAGGCUAAGACUAAACAACUUCACCCCUACUCCAAGUGA